CGCCGCGGCCCGGCCAUGGUGCGGCUGCACGUGAAGCGCGGCGGCGAGAGCCAAUUCCUGCUGGAGGCGCCGGGCAGCGCCCGCCUGGCCGAGCUGGCGCCGCUUGCCGCCCGCAUCCACAACGGGCUGAAGGUGCAGCGCCUGUGCUCAGAGAUGGAGGAGCUGGCAGAGCAUGGUAUUUCCUUGCCUUACAAUAUGCAAGGACUGACAGAUGAGCAAAUUGGAGAGCUGAAGUUAAAGGAUGAGUGGGCAGAGAAGUGUGUCCCAAGCGGUGGGAGCAUCUUCAGGAAGGAUGAAAUGGGACGGAGAAAUGGGCACGCUCCAAAUGAAAAAAUGCAGCAGGUUAUAAAGAAGACAAUAGAGGAAGCCAAGGCACUAAUCUCUAAGAAACAAGUUCAGGCCAACGUGUGUAUUAAUAUGGAGAUGGUGAAGGAUGCGUUGGAGCAGCUCCGAGGGGCUGUGAUGAUUGUGUAUCCAAUGGGAUUGCCUCCACACGAUCCAAUUAGGAUGGAGUUUGAAGAUAAAGAAGACUUGUCAGGAACUCAUGCUGGACUUGAAGUUAUAAAAGAAUCAGAAGCACAGUUAUGGUGGGCAGGAAAGGAGUUGCAAGAAACAAAGUUGCUGUCUGACUAUGUAGGAAAAAAUGAGAAAACAACCAUCAUUGUCAAGAUCCAGAAAAAAGGACAAGGAGCUCCAGGGCGUGAGCCUGUGAUUAGUCAUGAAGAACAAAAAGAGAUGAUGCUGUAUUACUACAGAAAGCAGGAGGAGCUGAAGAAACUGGAGGAGGAUGACAACGACUCAUUUCUAAAUGCUGAGUGGGCAGACAGCCAUGCUUUGAAAAGGCAAUUUCAUGGUGUAAAAGACAUCAAAUGGGGUCCGAGAUGAAGCUCUGCAAACCCCUUCUUAAGUUGUUUGGUCAAUACUCUUGUUUGCAGAGAGGGUUGUGUGCAGUAGGUUCUUCUGUCAGAAGCUGAAAUUGUCACUUCUGUAGCCUUGGGUGUUCAAUAAAAGUUGACAUUUCUCUGUAACUCCAGCA